UACACAUAAAUACCAUCACUAAUAAACUGCAUAUUUUGUUUUAUUGUUUGACAGAUAAUUUGCAAAAUUUGUAGUAUUAAUUUUUAGUUGUGUCUACAGUUUCCGAAAUUUUUCCUUACACACAAUCUACCAAAAAAGGCAAUUGGAAAAUCUGCAGAUUUUGAUGGAUUUCACAUAUAUACAUAUGUACCAUUUUAUUAUGGAAGGGCAGUCAGGCGUGACGAGUCUGUUGACAAAGUAUACUUUUGAGGCUUGAACCAAGAGUAGUUAGUUGAGGCAUUGAGAGUAAUUGGCCACUUUAUACUAUCGUCAGCUGUUUUGGGCGCAAUUGUCCCACAAAGAACUCUAGAGGACUGAAGCUGUUUCCAGCAACAAUGGAUUUAGAUAUAAAGAUGGAAGCAAAUAAGAUUAAAAAUGAAGAUGGUGAGACAAAUAAGAUGUUAAACAAAAUAAAAGCAGAAGAAGAGCUAAUAAUUGAAGGUGAACAACAUCAAUGGUUGCCAAUCAAAUUUGAAGAUGAACAAAAUGAUUAUUAUCAAGAGUAUGGUCAGGAAUUUAGGGAAGAUAUCUAUUUACCGGAUUCAAUUAAAAAUGUGUUUUCUCAUGAAUAUUAUAAAAUUGAAUAUUUAGAUGAAAAUGAUGAUAAAGAUGAAGAAGAUAAAGAGGAAGAGGAGGAUAUGGAUGAACAGAGUGAGAAUGAUAAGGAUGAUUUGUAUGAACCAAGUGAAGAAGAUGAAAAUGAUACCGAUUAUGAGGAUGAAGACGAUGAUAAUGAUAACGAUGAUGACGAGGGUGAAGAAAAAGAAGAAUUUUAUGGUGGUUCAGAUAAUGAGGGUAAUAUGAAGAAAGAAUAUAAUUUACAAUUAGAAAAUUACGCUAAAGAUUUGACUAAACAUGUUAAAGUUUCAGAAGGCAAUAUAUCGAGCUCUUUAAAAUUUUGGCUUUUAAAUAGUUAUGUUGAAUAUAAUUGCCCAGAAUGCAAUAAAAAUUUAGCCAACUAUAAAGAACUGCGCAAACAUUUAAAAUUAAAGCAUAUUACUGCUAUUGAAGCAGCACAAAAAGACUAUAUUUUGAGUGAGAAGUCUGGAACAUGUAAGAAAUGUCAACGAGCAUAUAAAAGCGGUUUUAAUAGAUAUAAACAUUCACUACAACACAGUGAAAAUACUCAAGAUUUAACGGAGAAAAAGUGUAAAAUGUGCAGUUAUAAAACCAAAAGAUCUAUAAAAAGACAUUUCAUUGAACAGCAUCCGAACAUUGUGAAUGAAUAUAAAAAAUACAAUAAAGAGAAAAGUACCUACAAGUGCCCAAUUUGUCAUUACACUUAUAAGAACAGUAAACAUCAGAAAAUUUGGCAUCACUUUAUAGAUAAACAUCCUCAGGAAUAUCAGGAGAAAUUUCGUUACAAUUGUCAUCUAUGUCUGCACGAAUGUUUCGCUGACGAGCAACUGUAUUUGCAGCAUUUAAUGGCGGACCAUGAAUUAAAUUGCUGGAAAAACUUAAAUUUUAGAAAACUUUUUGAUGAUAAGGAAUACUUAGCUUGUAUUAAAUGCCAUAUAGUGUAUCUUAAAAAUGAUACAAGUAAAUUACUAAGACAUUAUCUAGAACACGAUAACACGAUCUGCUGGUCAUGUAGAUUUUGUAAGAAGAAAAGUCCUUAUAAAGAUACAGGACGUAGUGGACACAUGUGUACUAAAAUGAUAAGUUAUUAUACCAAACAACAUAAAGUAGUUGAAGGAGAAAAGAAAAUAAAAAAUUUACAGGAAUUUGAAGAGUAUAUGGCACAUGUUUGUCCAUUUUGUAAAGAAGAAUUUAAAAAAUUACUUAAAUGGCAACAGCAUUUGAGAAGUAUUCAUGCAAUUGAUACUCUUAAAGGUUUGGAAAUGAUAGCAGCAGAUAACAAUAAAUUACAUUGUAACAUUUGCCAUACAAUGGUAGCAAAUACUCCGGUACAAUUACAUUGUCAUCGUUUUCAACAUUUACCCUUUAAAGCCUAUAAAUGCCGCCAAUGUAAGCAAUCAUUAGCUACUUUCAAAAUGGCAGUUAAUCAUGUGGUGAAACGCUGUAAAGAUGACAAGGAUAGAGAUUAUAUUAAGGAAGUUUUAAAACCAAAUAUGAUUGAAUCCGCUAAGGUGGUGAUACAAUGUGCUUUUUGUAACUACCAAAAAUUCACUGAUGCUAAAGAGGCUUUUGAACAUUACCAAUAUAAACACAACAAUUUUGAGGAAUUCUUUACCUCAGACGCAAUGUGUAUAGUUUGUCACAAGAAAUUUGCACAAACCGAACAACAGCUGCGUUUAGAACAUGUGUUUACACAUUUUGAGGAAAAGAUCUUUAAGUGUCCAUUUUGUAAUACUUCCCAUGUCAAGUACAACACCUGUAGAUUUCAUAAGAUACAGAUGCACUAUUACAAACCCCUGGAUCUAAAAAAAGAAAAAACAGCAAAUCAUCAAUCCUCAGCAGUCCAAUCACAGUUAGCUCAACCCAAUCUUUACUCUCACGUACUCAAUGGUUUUGCUGAAUUCAUAAGUUUCGCUUGUCCUGCCUGCAAUGAAGGUCUGCCCAAUCAAAAGGAAUGGCAUACACAUAUAACCACACAACAUGAUAUUUUUGAUGAAUCAAAUGUGUCUUAUAAAGACUCCGAUGGAUCUUUGAAAUGUCUAACAUGUAAAAGUAGUUUGCCAAACUAUUUAUACCGUCGCCUGCAACACAAGUUAACACAUAUGCCUCACCGUACAUUUCUAUGCAAUCUGUGCUAUGUUCGUGUCAGUUCUUUAGCUACACUUUACAGACAUUUUCGCCAGAAACAUUUUGCCCAAGGCAGCUUUAAGUGUCCCAUUUGCCCGGAAGUUUUAGCAACAUCACACCAACAGAAAGAACAUUUAAAGCAAAUGCAUCCGCCCCAUGAAUGGCCCGUUAAUAUACAGUGUUCCUUAUGUUACGAAAUAUUAGGAAAUAAGUCUGCUUUAAGUACGCAUAUGGUUAUACAUAAUAACGAACGUAUAAAUUGUGAUACCUGCGGUUCCAAAUCACAUAGCAAGAAAGAUGAAAAGAGUAAGUUUAAGGAAAAACCUGGUGACGAUAUUCCUUCAGUGUCAGGUUGUAAAGUUAUGGUAAAUAUUAAGGAAGAUGCGACCGUUUUGUUUAACGUUGAUGUCAAAACUAAGAAGGCAAAUUUAAAUAAAAGAAAAUCUCCUAGAAUUAAACCAGAUGUUAUGGAAGUAACAGAAUUGGAUAAGUUUGAUGUUAAAUCAAAGAAGGCAAAAAGUAAAUAAAAUAAAAUAAAAUUUAAUACAGAAUAAUAAGUUUUCAAUAUGCACAAUGCGAAAUAUCUAUACAGUAUUUUCGAAUCCCCAACUCUUUUGUAUCAACGUAUCUUGUAGGGUUCUAUAAAUCGACUUUCGAAUAAUCGAACAAUCGACUUUUUGUGGAAAAAAGUCGAAGUUGACUAUUUUGUUCCAAAAAAGUCGAUAACUCGACUAUCGUCUAUGAAAAAGUCGAAAAGUCGACUUUGUAAAUAAAAGUCGAAAAGUCAAAAAAUCGGAAAGUCGAAAAAAGUCGAAGAAAGUCGGAAAAAGUCGAAAAGAGUCGAAAAUUGUAAAAAAUUGCGUUAAUAAUGACAUUUGCAUAUAAUAAACAAAGUAAUGUUUAAAUAAAUAGUGUGUAGAGAACAAGUA